AUGAAGGCCCAAUGGGUCCUCCAGGAAGUCAGGGACCACUGGGAAGACCAGGUCGGAAAGGAUACCCUGGAGUGCUUGGAUUAGACGGCAUUAAGGGAGAACAAGGAGAUUUGGGAAACAUUGGGAAGAUUGGAGUACAGGGUCCUGUUGGCUUGCCUGGUCCGAGAGGCCCCACAGGAAUACUUGGUGAAAAGGGUGAUCGUGGUGAUCCAGGUCCUCUGGGACCUCCUGGAGAGAAAGGAUCCACGGGUUACAUGGGACUUCCGGGCCUGCCAGGUCCUGUUGGAGAACAGGGACAACCAGGUCUGCCAGGGCGGAGAGGAACAUCAGGGGUACCAGGUACCAAAGGGAGAAGAGGACCAAGAGGCCCUGAAGGUUCCCCAGGAGAACAAGGGCCCAAAGGUAACAAGGGAGAAAGAGGUGACGUGGGCAGAAAAGGUGAAACUGGACUUAUUGGAAAAGCUGGGAAUCCCGGAGAGCGGGGAGCGCAGGGUGCCCCCGGAUUGACAGGACCUCCUGGGAGCACUGGAGAGAUGGGACCUCCCGGAAAACCAGGGCCUCGAGGACAACCUGGAGAGAUUGGUACUGCUGGAGGAAUUGGUCCAGAGGGACCUCCAGGAGCAAUGGGAGAUCCUGGACACCCAGGGGAACCUAGUUUUAAGGGUGAAUUAGGACCAGCUGGAAGUAUGGGAGAACCAGGACAAAUCGGUUUGAGGGGAGAACCAGGUCCAGUUGGAGAAGAUGGGAUUCAAGGAAAAGAUGGGAUCCAGGGUGAACAGGGCGAUCCAGGUCCGAAGGGGGAGAUGGGGGAGAAAGGUGACACUGGGGCUCGGGGAGUUGCUGGUGCAGUCGGACCACCUGGAAUUAAUGGAAUGCCGGGACCUGAAGGGAAACGGGGCAUGCCAGGACAACGAGGUCGCUCAGGGAAAAAGGGUGAGAAGGGGCACCGUGCAGCACCUGGGGAACAAGGUGAUCGAGGUGAACAAGGACAACGAGGAGACCCAGGACCCAAAGGAGUGAGGGGCUCCCGAGGAUCAAGGGGUCCUCCUGGUUUAAUGGGACCAAUUGGAGAGCCAGGACUUGUGGGAUAUCCGGGUCAUCAAGGGCCAUUGGGACCUCAAGGACCCCCAGGACCAAAGGGGGAGAAGGGUUAUCCAGGAGAUGACAGUGCUGAGAUUGGACUCCCUGGGCCUCUAGGUGAACCAGUGAUUGACACACUGUCAAGUCUUUCCCACACUGUGAUAGCACAGAGUACAGGUAUAAGGCCAUUUCCCACUGAGCAAGCUGUGGAUGAUGAAGACAUUUACAAGAGCCUUGCUGACCUGAUCGAUGAGGGCAGCGUUGAUGAUGAUGAGGAUCUUUACGACUGUGUCUAUGGUGAUGACGACGGUGGUGAGGUUUAUGAAGAUUUGAUGAAAGUUGAAGCAGUCCAGGCUCCUAAACAGUUUGAGACGGAUAUCCGGAGCUGCUGUCUCCUGGAGAUCAGACAGACCGAGGAGAAAUACACAGCAACGCUUGAGUCGAUUGAGAAGCAUUUCAUCUGCCCAUUGAGGCGGGUUUUAACGGCUGGAGAGAUGGCGGUCAUUUUUAUUAAUAUUGAGGCUUUAGUUAAAGUUCACAGAGACUUGAACGAAGAUCUGAAAAACGUCAUCAUGUCAAAGAAUGAUCAGAAUCUUUAUCAAAUCUUCAUCAACUACAAGGAAAGGUUACUGCUCUAUGGUGACUAUUGCAGUCAGGUGGAGAAUGCUAUCAAGUGUUUGGAUGAGAUCAGUAAAUCUAGACAAGAUUUGCGUUUGAAGUUGGAGGAGUGCGCGAACAGAGCAAACAAUGGGAAGUUCACGUUGAGAGAUCUCCUGGUUGUGCCGAUGCAGAGGGUUCUCAAGUACCACCUCCUCCUUCAGGAGCUUAUGAAACAAACACCUGAUGGUCAGGAGAAGGCAAAUUUACGACUGGCGCUGGAUGCGAUGAAGGACUUAGCUCAAUAUGUCAACGAAGUGAAACGAGAUAAUGAGUGCCUACGAGAAAUUAAUCAGUUCCAGCACUGUAUUGAUAACCUGAACCAACCUCUCACAAAGUUUGGUCGGCCCAAAGUGGAUGGGGAGAUGCGGCUAAUGACCCUGGACAAACGGACUCGACAGGAUCGACACAUCUUCCUGUUCGACAAGGCUGUCAUUGUGUGUAAGAGACGUGGAGAUAACUAUGAAAUGAAGGAAGUAAUUGACUUGAGCAUUUACAAGAUAACAAACAACCCAACAACAGACAAGGAGAAUAAAAAGUGGUCACAUGGAUUCUAUCUCACACAUCUGCACGGCCAAAAUGGGUUUGAAUUCUUCUGUAAGACAAAAGACUUGAAGAAGAAAUGGUUGGAACAGUUUGGAAUGGCACUAUCAAACAUCCGGCCAGAGAACGCCAACAGCAACAACCACACGUUCAGUAUGCACAGCUUCGAGAGGGUCACAUGCUGCUCUGCAUGUCUGAUGCUGCUCAGGGGGAUAUUUUAUCAGGGUUACCUGUGUACAAGGUGUGGAGCUGGAGCACACAAGGAAUGUUUGGGCAGAGUCGGAACGUGCAGUAAAGCAGCAGCAGUUCCUGUCAAGACUGUGCCUGCUUCCAGGGGUGGGGUCCAUCUGAUCCCUGUGGAUGAUCUGAGUUACUUCCGGCUACUUGAGGAGCUGCGAUGGGAUAGGUUACCAAAGAUGCAAGUGGUGAGGAGAUACAAUGGAACCCCCCAGCCACCUGGGAACACAGGCCCUGCCUUACUCAUGCAGCUUGGGGACAUUCUCGAGGUGAUCUGUGCUGAAGCUCACUCCACCUGGUGGCAGGGUAAAAAUCUGACAACGAGGGAAAUUGGAUUUUUUCCAAGUGACUCAGUGAAGCCCUUGCCCUGUGUCCCAAAACCCACAGAUUACUCUGCAUUCCCAUGGUACGCAGGGCCAAUGGAACGGCUGCAAGCUGAGAAUGAGCUGAUCAACCGUGGCAGUAGCACCUUCCUGAUCCGGCAGAGGGUGAAAGAGUGUGGGGAAUAUGCCAUCAGCGUCAAGUACAACAAUGAGGUAAAACACAUCAAAAUCAUUUCCAGAGAUUCAUCAUUUCACAUUACCGAGAACAAGCGAUUCCAUGCUUUAACCGAACUUGUCGAAUAUUACAAAUAUCAUUCACUGAAAGAGGGGUUCCGCUCCCUGGACACCACCCUACGUUACCCCUACAAAGACCCUCAGGAUGGCUUGGCUCAAAGAGCUCACCGUGGUCGGGGCUCUUCUUUGGGCCCAAAGGUGGUUGGCGUUGCUGUGGCGCAGUAUGCCUUUUCAGCGAGAGACAUGAGGGAACUGUCACUGCAGGAGGGAGACAUGGUGAAGAUUUACAGCAAGAACGGACCCAAUGGAUGGUGGCGAGGAGCUGUCAAUGGGAGGGUUGGUUGGUUUCCAUCCACAUAUGUGGAAGAAGAGGAGGAUUGUUUUCCUGGCUGACUCCUUGCUGCAGCAGAUGCUCGGGGAUUGGUGAACUAACACAGUUACCCAUGUGCUAACCAUCUUGGAGACAGUGGGGAGGAUUCUGUCCCUGCCUCAUGUGCAGGGGGGAUGUGGUUUCAGGAGCUGACGGGUUCUUCAUUGGGAUGACAGGAAUCUCUGCAGGAAACAUAGUGACAAUCUGUUCUGGGACAGUCUGAGGAUCCAAUUGCUGGCAAUUCCCUUGGAAUCCAAAACCAGGACCAGAGUCACCUGCACUUCGAGUGGAUUCAGAUCAGGCUUUGAGCAGAUUGACAUACAGCCUCAAUGUAUCACUGGAGCUCUGCCGUUUCUGUACCUCUGUGAAACCACUUUUGAUUGUUACUUCUGGCUGGAUAUUAGAAUCAUUUUAAUUUAGCAAAGUCUCAUCUGUUUACACAGCCCAAGAACCAGAUCCACACUGAGCUAAACUGUUCAACCCCUUUGUUGGAAAACAAAUCCAAUCAAGGACAAAUCAGACUCAAUGACUGGUCCCAAACAGCGAACAUAUCUGACCUGCAGGCAGUUUCCCCUCGAAAUCAGAACAUACCCCGAACAUCAAAUCCCAACCCAAAGAAUGGAACACAAACUUAAAGCUGACACUCCCGCAACACUACUGAGGGAAGGCCACACUGUCGGAGGGUCAGUACUGAGGGAGUGCCGCACUGUCAGAGG